GACUAGCUAAUUCCAUAAAACUUUGUGGUCCUGCAAUUGGAGCAAGGGGGCCCAUUGGUCCCAUACCUAAGAACGAAUCAUUUCCAUAAGUGAAAUUAAACACUAAUUUUCCAUAAAAUAAUUGUGAUAUUAAAUACUAUACUAAAUUGAUAAAUGAUGCAGUACAUAAUAAACUGAUAAAAUAUACACGGUUAUGAAUUCAGAACGUACCCAUCGGUGGCAUAGCGGCCGUUGGUACACCCGGAAAAUUAUAUGCCAUCUUUCCCGAAUUGUCUUAUCUUUUGAUAAUUACGCCUUGAGUUACAAUUAUAAAUGGCAAAAGAAUCAGAUAAAUGAAUUUACUUGUUAAAAAUCCUAGAUCAUAUCAGCGGUGCAAACUUUGCAUCCAAUAUGGCAGAUGGAUGGACGUAACCUCUUUAACUUUGCAACUUGUAGUUGGUUCAUUCCUUUGACAACUUUGACGUCGAUCAAUCAUCAAUUAUGAAAGAUAACGAAUUUACUAAAAUUAUUGGACCGAACGUAAUUUUAGUACCGUACAAGAAAAAACAUGUUGAAAGGUACCAUGAGUGGAUGAAAUCAGCAGAAUUGCAAUAUUUUACCGGCUCAGAAGCUUUGACAUUAGAAGAAGAAUUUCAAAUGCAACAGAGAUGGAAUCAAGAUGAAGAUAAAUGUACCUUUAUUAUUCUAGAUAAAAAUAUUCUUUCUACUACUUCAGACGAAAUAGAAGCUAUGAUUGGAGACACUAACUUAUUUUUUAAUGAUCUGGAUCGAAAGGAUACUGCUGAAGUUGAAAUCAUGAUAGCUAAUAUUGCUUACAGAAAUAAGAAAAGGGGUUGGGAGGCAAUAAUUAUAAUGUUGCUUUACGGUAUUGAUAUGCUAAAUGUAACAAAAUUUACAGCAAAGAUUAAAUGUGAUAACGAAAAAAGUAUAAAAAUGUUCACAAAAUUAGAAUUUCACGAGGUACAGAAAAGUCAAAUAUUUCAGGAAUUUACCUUUGAGAAAGUUGUGAAUCCCAAUUGGAGAAACUGGUUGUACUCUCAUAUUACAGUCUGUAGACGACCAUGGCUGCAUCAAGGAUAUUGAGGAAAACAGAAAAGACCGUUGCUCUUCAACUCGAUGAUAUACGGAUCCUUUUAUACGGGUGCUGAAUUCGCUCAACAAACUUACAACAAUAUGUUCAAGCCUCCGUUGACAACUCCGAUGCCGGAACGGAUCAAAAACUCCGACACGAUUGAUGAUCAAACGCAGCCUUCCGUUUGGUUAAGAAUAUUUAACAAGGCAUUAACUUUAUCGGAUGAGGAUAGUAUGACGCAAUCGGGGAAUUACAAUUGGGCUCAACUUAAACGAUACGCUAUCUAUGGUUGCUUCAUAGCAGGACCGAUGCUCCAUGGAUGGUAUAAAUGGUUGGACACCUUUUGCAAAGGUAAAACAAUGAAGAUCGUUCUUGCGAAGCUUUUUGUUGACCAAUUUGUUUUUACACCACCAUUGAUUAUUGUGUUUUAUAUCAGUAUGAGCCUAAUGGAGAAUAAAGCAGAUAUUUUCAACGAAUGUAAAGCUAAAUUUGUACAAACGUUCAAGACUUCAUGUAUGUAUUGGUUACCAGUACAAUUCUUAAAUUUCUUAUUAAUACCGGCGUCGCUGAGAGUGACUUUUGUCAGUAUUGCAGCCUUCUGUUGGGUGAAUAUUCUGUGUUAUGUAAAAAGGGCACCUAUAUCUGAAUGUGAUCAGAAUAACAGGAUAAACUAUUAACUAACAUCUUGUAUUGAUCUGUACAGAACUCCAAGAACCAAACUCUUUUGCUUUGCAGAAAGUGUUUUAUAUAAAAGAAUUUAUUAGUAAAUUUAUCAAACACAAGCAUAUGAAAGUGUCAAGUAUUUUAUAGUAAAAUAAUAUUUUAUGAUAUCGCGAUAACGUUUUUGCACCUUGGAACUUCAGAUGAAUACAUAUACAAUAUACAACAAAUAGAAUUCUUAACAUUUUUACCUUUACUGUUAACAGUUAUACAAAUUUAUUUGCGAUACAUAUCAGCAGAAUGGAGUAAUAAUUUAACGUGUACAGUGAAGGAACACUCAGAUUUUUACAGUAAUUUUUCAUAAAAAAUUUUUUCUUAAUCAUGCUUCCUUAAUUGUAAAAAAUGGUAAUAAUCUAUUGUAUAUGUAUGUAUAUAUAUUUUUCAAACAUUGUAUGUAUAUAAUGGGAAUACCUUUACGAUACAUGCAUAAGAAAUAAUAAAAUUUUUCAUAUAUUUCCAUCAUCUUAAGCAUAAAUUAGUUAAAUAAACAUUUUUUGGAAAAAAUAUCGAAUAAUUAUAGUGCUCAAUAUUGAAGUACAGUAGAGCCUCCAGUAUCCAAAGAUCUAUUGAUAUUCCAUGUGCACCUAUUUCUUUCGCUAUUAAAAUAAAUGCACAUUUUAUGUUAUAUCCUGUUCUUUCUCAUUGUAAUUUCUGGUAUUAUUUUUUUUUAAUAUACGAUAAUCAUUAAAAAGAACGACCACUUUUUUAUUAUCCAAAAAUGUUAUCAUGUAUCAUGUCUUACUAUUAAUUCGAACACUGUAUAUGAGAUUCUACUGUAUUUAAACUGUUCGUUAUUACAUACGAUGAGAUACAAUAAAAUUUUCCACGGAUGUUUACACGUGUACGUUAAACAAUUCUCUACAAUGUUGCGUGUUACGUUAAAGUUUAAACAAUGAAUAUCAUUCAAUUCGAGUUAAAAAUAAAAGAUCUAGUGGAAAAAUUCAUUUGCCAUUAUUGUUUUUUAAACAUACUAUCGAUGAAUAACCGUUCUUUUUUAAAAUAUUGACUUUCAUCUUUGAAACAGUCAAGAUACUUUUAUUUGUCCAGUGUGUAUAUAUGUACGCGCAAGUAUACGAUAAUACGUAUGAAUAUAUUCGUAAUGCACAUAUAUGUAAAGUGUAUAA